AUGCAUCCCUUUCGUUCUCCUACCUUCCGGCCCCUGGGCACUUUCAGGGAUCGCGACACCGACGACUGGUCUGACUUGCCCGACAGUCCCCCUUCCGACAACAAGUUACCGUCUAGCGCAUCGCCGAAGAACAUCCUUUGGGAUUUCAGGGACUUAGCCGCGCCGUCGUCUCCCCCCACCAGUGUCGACGACGAGGACUACGUCGACGCUGUACGCCACUGGCCUUUCGCUCGACGCAUAUUUGGCGACCUAUUGGACGACAGGGACUUCCCUGCCUUGUCCGACAUUUUAAUUCAGACACCUGAUUUUGAGCCAGAAGAUUGGGUUCUCCUCCAGACGAAGUUGAGGGACAAACCGGAGAUUCUUCGUCAUUUCUGGUUCCGUUACGAUCGAGCGAUGAAGACGGUGGUGUCUGGUUCCCCCAGCGGCCUGCACCAGGACGCCCUGCAAGGUUGCGUUCAUAACAUAGUAGAGGAGACCAUCAAACCAGUUACGGUUCAGUUCCCGCUGCCCGCCGGCAUGUUGGUGACGGAGAACACGGCGAAGAUGUUGGUUAGGCAGGACCACAUAGAGAUUCCGGACUGUAUGGUAGGGCUGUCUUACCACGCCAAGCGCAAGGACCUCAGUGUCAGUUUGGGCGCUGACUGUGCAGUCGUCGAGUCUGCGAGAACGGAGAGUGUUCCGCACGUACUCGCCAAGGUGAGCACGACCUAUAGCCUAACAUUCUGUUAA